GCUAGAGGGGUAGAAAGUUAGCGAGGGGAGGGCACAAGAUCGCCAGGCCCUGCUCGGACCAGUACUGAGCUGCUCUAAAGCAGGCCAGGCAGCUCUGGCCAGCAAAACACACCUUCGCCUGGCCAUAGCAUCUUGCUGUGUCUCUGCCGCCGAUGGUCAAGAAUUAAGGUGAGAGAAGCCCUCCCCUGAGUCACCAUGGAAGACGUGACGAAGACCACCGUCCACACACAGAGCCCUAUUAAAACUGAAUGGAAUUCCCGCUGUGUCCUUUUCACCUAUUUCCAAGGGGACAUUAGCAGUGUGGUGGAUGAACACUUCUCCAGAGCUCUGGGCAAUGUCAAGAGCCCCCAGGGACAGAACCCUUCCAGCCCGAGCGGAGAUGUGCUGCUGAGGAAUGAUAGUGACAUGCCUCCAAAUCAGUGGCGUUUCUCUGCUCCGUGGACAAAGCCACAGCCGGAAGUAUCUUUUGCAAAUGGCGCCGCCAGCUGCAGCUUUAAUGGAUCUGGUCUCAUGCCUGUGGAUCAAUACCCACUGUCCCUGACUGGGGGCCCCUCUGUUCAGCCUGGCGAGCUGUGGCAUUUCUCCUCCCUUGCCAGUCCCAGCUUCCCAGAGCCUGGCUACCCUCAUGCUCUUUCCACUGGGCAGUUGGUUCCGGAGCCCCAGCCUGAGGGGAAGUAUGAGCCCCUCCUAAGUCUCCUCCAGCCAGAGAGAUGCCUAACCCAUCCUCAGGAAUCUGCCUCGUGGGAGGAUAGCAACUCUGCCGGAAGCACAGGAUUGCUCUUCAACCUGCCUCCCAGCUCAGCCCACUUUAAGAAAAUCUAUUUCCCCCCUGAUGGUGGACCUGCCGGUGCCAGCUUUGCAGUUGAAAGAAGCCAGUCCCCAGAGAGAAGAAGAGAUCUGUUCUUUUACUGAACAUGGGUUUGAAGAAGAGAAUUCCUUUUUCCGAACCUGCUUCUGGUUUUCUGCUGUGAAUCCAGAAGGUCUGGAGACAUCACCGUCCUUUUUUCUU